AUGUCACUGCAGAGGAUUGUGCGCGUGUCCCUGGAGCAUCCCACCAGUGCCGUGUGCGUGGCCGGUGUGGAGACCGUCAUAGACAUUUAUGGGUCGGUCCCCGAGGGCACAGAGAUGUUCGAGGUGUACGGGACCCCCGGGGUGGACGUCUACAUCUGUCCCACCCUCGAGAGGAGCCGGGAGCGCGCGGACACCAGGCGGUGGCAUUUCGACGAGGGCCUGGAGAUCGUCGUGGUCAUGAACUCCCCCAGCAACGACCUCAAUGACAGUCACGUUCAGAUCGCCUAUCAUUCCAGCCAGGAGUCUCUGCCCCUGGCCUACGCAGUGCUCUACCUCACCUGCGUCGACAUCGCGCUGGAUUGUGACCUGAACCGUGAGGGAGGGCAGGACGGGAACUUCGUGGACAAGCGGCAGUGGGUCUGGGGGCCAGGAGGGCAUGGAGCCAUCUUGCUGGUGAACUGUGACAGGGACGACCUCAGCAGCGAUGUCCAGGACAACUAUGACCAGCAUGUGGGCUGCCUACAAGACCUGGAAGACAUGUCCCUCAUGGUCCUGCGCACCCAGGGCCCCGCAGCGCUCUUUGAGGACCACAGGCUGGUCCUGCACACCUCCAGCUCCGACGCCAGGCGGGCCCGGGUCUUCCACGUCUGCGGCCCCGAGGACUCGUGCGGGGCCUACAGGUGCGUGCUGGGCCAGGACAAGGUGUCCUACGAGGUGCCCCGGCUCCACGGGGACGAAGAGCGCUUCUUCGUGGAGGGCCUCAGCUUCCCUGACGCCGGCUUCCCGGGGCUGCUGUCCUUCCACGUCACCCUGCUGGACGGCUCCAAUGAGGACUUCUCGGAGGCCCCCAUCUUCACGGACACGGUGGUGUUCCGCGUGGCGCCCUGGAUCAUGACGCCCAGCACCCUGCCGCCCCUGGAGGUGUACGUGUGCCGCGUGAGGAACAACACRGGUUUCGUGGAAGCGGUGGCCGAGCUGGCCAGGAAGGCCGGCUGCAAGCUGACCGUGUGCCCGCAGACCGAGAACCGCAAUGACCGCUGGAUCCAGGAUGAGAUGGAGCUGGGCUACGUCCAGGCGCCACACAAGACCUUCCCCGUGGUCUUCGACUCCCCCCGGAACGGGGAGCUACAGGAAUUUCCUUACAAGAGAAUCCUGGGUCAGGAUUUUGGCUACGUGACUCGGGAACCACGGGACAGKUCUGUGAGCGGCCUGGACUCCUUCGGGAACCUGGAGGUCAGCCCCCCGGUGGUGGCCAACGGGAAGGAGUACCCCCUGGGGAGGAUCCUCAUCGGGGGCAACCUGCCGGGGUCGAGGGGCCGCCGGGUCACCCAGGUGGUGCGGGACUUUCUCCACGCCCAGCGGGUGCAGCCGCCCGUGGAGCUGUUUGUGGACUGGCUGGCCGUGGGCCACGUGGACGAGUUCCUGAGCUUUGUCCCUGCCCCGGAUGGGAAGGGCUUCCGCAUGCUGCUGGCCAGCCCUGCCGCCUGCUUCAGGCUCUUCCAGGAGAAGAAGAAGCGGGGCCAYGGCAGGUCCCUCCUGUUCGAGGGUGUCAUCGGCAAUGGGCGGGUCAGGACCRUCUCCAUCAACCAGGUCCUUUCCAACGAAAACCUCAUCAGCUUUAAUAAGUUUGUGCAGAGCUGCAUCGACUGGAACCGUGAGGUGCUGAAGCGGGAGCUGGGGCUGGCCGACCGCGACAUCAUCGACAUUCCGCAGCUCUUCAAGUCUGAGAGGAGAAAGGCCACCGCCUUCUUCCCGGAUUUGGUGAACAUGCUGGUGCUGGGGAAGCACCUGGGCAUCCCCAAGCCCUUCGGGCCCCUCAUCAACGGCCGCUGCUGCCUGGAGGAGCAGGUGCGCGCCCUGCUGGAGCCGCUGGGGCUGCACUGCACCUUCAUCGACGACUUCACGCCCUACCACAUGCUGCACGGCGAGGUCCACUGCGGCACCAACGUGCGCCGGCAGCCCUUCUCCUUCAAGUGGUGGCACAUGGUGCCCUGA